AUGUCACGUGUAUGUCAGGUCAUUACAUCAGCUUCCGGAAACCUGGUCAAACACACACGCACUCACAUUCACACUUGCACACCCAUUAGCCGCUUCCGAACGGCCCUGUUCGGCAGGCGCGGUCAAUGCACGGGAGUGGUACCACUUUGUGUAGAAUGCAAACCCCUACAGCGAUCCCAAUAUCCCGAAGUAAAAAAAGCGAACAGAAUCGUCUUAAAUGUGCCAAACGAAGCGGGUGGUGCUUCUAACGACGACGGUGUACACACCGAGAAGCAUUCGCAGCGUUGGUACGCGGCGUUUGGAGCACUCACUCAAGUAUGUCCCACCUUGUUAUCGCAGUUGCAGAACAAGAGCCCGUUUGAGUCAAAAAACUCAACUGUGUGCGACAGCGUACAGCUCAACGUACCGCGAAGCGGACGCAACUGGAUGCGCCUUUUUUUCCACACAAAGCACCAAUAUGGUGCGACCCCAUUAGGGAGAGAGUCACACGACAAGGGAGAGAGAGGAGUGGGGGGAAAGACUAAGAAUCGAUUAUACGAUACGAUGGGCCAAGCAUUUAUUACAGAAAAGCAGAAGAACCAGAAGCGGAAGAACCAGAAACGGAAGAAGAAGCACUAG